AUGUUGCAAGGUUUUGUUUUUCAAGCGUGUGACCAAGAUAACAAUGGCUAUUUAAUCAGAGAGGACUUGAAAGGUACUGUAGUAAUGUUUUUUGGUUAUAAACCCUUAAAGGUGGAGAUGGAUUCAAAUAAAUGGUCAAUUAAGAAAUUGCAAACUAGUUUACUAGGUCUAUUGUUUGAAAAGUUUUUAAAUCUAAUGAGUACAAGGAAGGCUGCACGGUUACACAGUAAUGAAACAAGGCAAAUAUUUACAGCUUUUGAUGUGCAAGAUACAAUAUUUUUUACUUUUGAAGACUUCAACAGAGCUUUCAAUUCUAUUUCUACUCAGAUACCUGAAAAAAUCAUAGUUGAAGCCUUCAGAGAAGUCGAUCAGGAUUCUGAUGGCUGCAUCAGCUUCAAAGAGUUUGAAUCUGCAAUGAAGUACGGACAAAAUGAAAUAUCACCAGUGUACUUUGCCUAA